AUGCGCAAAGGGUGUCGCCUGAAGUUAAAAUCCGCGGGCUCACUCUUCCCUUCAAAAGGCGAGAGAGAAGCUGAGGAAGCCAGAUGGGACCCAGUCCACGCCAGCUGUGACAGCCAGUCACCUACAAGUGGCGUCCCUGUUGAAGGCCCAAGAUCGGCUGUAAGCGGCCAGCCAGCGUGCACAAUGGACGCACCCAGCAACUCUGCCACACCGGGCCCCUCUCAGUGCCACCAGGAUCCUCGGCCUCAAGAGUCUGGCACGGCCUGUGAAACCUCGCGCCAGCGCUUCAGGCAGUUCCAGUAUGAUGAAGCAGACGGGCCUCAAGAGGCCUUCUGCAAACUCUGGGAACUUUGUUCCCAGUGGCUGAAGCCACAGACGCGGUCUGUGGAGCAGAUCCUGGCCCUGCUGGUGCUGGAGCAGUUCCUGCACAUUCUGCCCACAAACACCGAGACCGAGAGGUUCACCCCGGAGAUUAAACAAAGGCUUUUCACCCUCAUAGGAGACCUAAAGAGAGAUCACAAGACACCAGGGAGCGAGAACAACAUGCGUGACGUGCUCUUGGAAGAACUGAUGUCUGUGUGUACGUUUCUCACACAAUCGAAUGCACCUGUGAGUCCACCUGCAUUCCAGAUAAUAGAACCUGCCCAGGAGAUCCGUGAGAUCCCACCAGAACAGCCACGGGAACGCAACGUUGUCCAACCCCAUCCUUUACUGAAUAUCGAAUUCCAUUUAUCCAGAGAAUAUGAACAACUGGAACCUCCUGGCAAAGAGCCCCCAGAAGAGCUGCUGGCUGAGUACAAGGAGCCUGAGGAAAACCAGAUGUCCUGCCAACAGGAGAUGCCAGCGAGCUUCGAGGAUGCACAACCCUCCAGCUCUAGAGCCCCUACACAGGCUCCGCCCCGCAAGAAGCCUAACUCUGAUGCUCAGUUAGGGCUGUGUUUUGCUCACCGGAAGCAAUAUAAUAUUUGCCAGAAAACCCACACAAAGAAGGUAGCACCAGGGGGCGCUAGAGGUGGGACCGGGUCAGCCGUCUCUGGGCAGCAGCUUAUUAGCCAGGAAGAGGAGGAGGAGGAGGAUAUCUGUGAGAAUGCUAUGGGCAGUGAUCCAGCUACUGAGGUGACCCCUCCUAGUGUGUCACAGGCAGACGAUUUGGAUGAUGAAAGACGGCAGUGUAGGCUGUGUAAGAAGGAGUUUAUGUUUCAGUUGGGCCUGAGAGAAACCGUGAGCAAUAGUGCAGAUACAAAACCUUACCAGUGCUCCUUCUGUGGGAAAUUCUUUAGGGGGCAGUCACAUGUCACUGCACACCAAGUGAGACACACCAAAGAGAGACCGUUCAUAUGUGAACACUGUCAGAAAAGCUACAAACACAAGUCUAGCCUGCUGAGACACUUAAAAUUCCACACAAGGGAUCUUGAAAGCAAGGAGAGCGAGGCUUCUCAGAGCCUUAUGCACGAUGAAAGCCAAUAG